UGAUUUUGGGUUUGGUCGUUUGCCGUGUGUCACGUGAUCGUAGUGAAAGGGAGCUUAAGAUAAAUAUGAAGCGAUAAACCGGGUAUCUAAUGUAAGUGUCGACAUUGCUGGGUUUAAACAGAGACAAACGAUCAUAUAAACUCAGUGAGCCGGUUAGUAUACACGGAGUUGUGAACACUGACUGUGAAGGGCGUCUAAAACUUGAAACACCCGCGGCACCGGCACGCCGCCGCGCACUCCGGCGAUACAAAACGAACACCCACUUCACUACGGUUCCAGGAAGUCAGUCAGGUUUUGUUGUAUUGUUGCCACGGAACUCGUGCAGUGGGUUUUAAACUUACUACUCCUUAUUUGUUGCCUUCGAAACAUAUUUCUGUUUUUAAUAAUACACACAUUUGCCUGUUCGGUAACCGGAUACCAAGAUGCCACCUAAAAAGCGCAACUCUGGGACGACACAGAGCAAGGAGCUGAAGAGUGCUGAAAGUGUCUCUCCAGACAAGAAGGAGAGUCCAAAAUUAACGUUAUCUGCUAAAAAACACCGAGACAAGGAUGCUGAGUUUGUGACCCUGUGUAAGAGCCUUCAUGUGACAGACCUGGUGUGUGACCGUGCCUGGACGCUGUGGAAAACUGUUCAAGAUUCCAUGAAUGAAAUAGCUGACAGUGAGAAAAGGGUGUGGGGGGCUUGUCUGUUUGUCUCUGGGGCAGACAUGGAUGUCGCCUAUUUCACCUUAACUCAGGUUCUGAAAGCAGUCAGUCUAAAUGUAAUGCAGUUUGUGGAUCUGGUGAGGAAGUUAGAUGUAAACCUGGAUACCAUAAGUACAAAGGUGAAUUCCGCACUGACACGACUUGAGAAGAAGUAUAACGUGACGCUGGCUCUCUACCAGCGGUUUGAGAAAACAUGCAAAAAAAUCUUUGCUGUGGUUUCUGAUGACCAUGUCUCUUUUCCAAGGGAGAGGGAGACCAUGCGGAGCUGCUGGACAAUGUUUCUUUUGGCCAAAGGAAGGGCUUUGCAGAUGGAGGAUGACCUGGUCAUAUCAUUCCAGUUGCUGCUUUGUACACUGGAGUCAUUCAUCAAGCGCUGCCCUCCAGACCUUCUGCAGCCUCUUUACAAAUCGGCUAUCAGCAAAGUUCAGAGCCCUCCAACACGAACAUCACGCCGCAACCAGAGCAAAGCCAAAUUCCGACCUCCGGAGGUGGAUUUGCAGCUUCUCAAAACCUUGUGCGAAGAGAAUGAAUGCAAUGCAGAAGAGGUGAAGAAUGUAUACCAGACCAGUUUCUCCACUUUCCUGGACUCGCUGGAUUUUUCGAGAUCUUCAGAUUUUCCUCAGGCGAAUGACCUCAACCAACAAUAUGAAGAGCACUACCUCAAGAGUAGAGACAUCGAUGGACGGCUGUUUUUUGAUGGAGAUGAGACGGUUCUUCUGCCUAAAGUCGAAAUAUCGCAGGUGGAGAGAACGCCGAAAAAGAACCUGCCAGAUGAAGACCUACUCAUCCCUCCCCAGACUCCAAUCAGAGCUGCCAUGACCUCCAUCCAGCAGUUGAGGGGUGAUCUCACCUCCAGUGGGGAUCAGCCAUCUACUAACCUGGCUACAUAUUUCAAAAAUUGCACCGUGGACCCAACGCAGGCUGUGCUGAAGCGGUUGGAGACACUCGGACAGGCGUUCAGCCAAAGGUUUGGUCAGGCAGUCGGCCCGCGCUGUGUAGUACUUGGUUGGCAGAGAUUUAAACUCGGUGUCAGACUGUAUUAUAAAGUCAUGGAGGCAAUGCUGAAAUCGGAAGAGAAGCGACUGUCUGUACAAAAUUUCAGUAAACUCCUCAAUGACUCCACAUUCCACACAUCACUGCUGGCCUGUGCUUUGGAGGUGGUGAUGGCAACAUAUGGAGAGAGCAGUUUUAAAACUGGGGGAUACAACCAUGGUGGUGGUGGUGGUGAUCCAGUUGAAACGGACGUGUGUUUCCCCUGGAUAUUGGAUGUGGUCAACCUGGCUGCUUUUGACUUCUACAAAGUCAUUGAGAGUUUCAUCAAGGCCGAGCCCACUCUGAGCAAAGAUAUCGUCAAACAUCUGGAGACCUGCGAGAACCUCAUCAUGGAGAGGAUUGCAUGGAGGACGGACUCCCCGCUGUUUGAGCUGCUGACACAGGAGCAUGAGGGCGGAGCAGCAGAGCAGGUGGAGACCCCAGCCAGUUUCAGCCAACCACUGCAGCACAACCACACCGCAGCUGACCUAUACCUGUCCCCCAUGCGUCCAGGCCUUCGUAUCUUGCCUCCCGAGUCCCCGGCCACGCCCAGCUCUCAAGCUGCCUCUCAACCUCCGGCCCAGCCUGCCGGCCAGACUCCACGUCACCCAAAGUCCAACUCUCUCAGCCUCUUCUAUAAAAAAUUGUACCGCCUAGCCUACAUAAGGCUGAAGAUACUCUGCUCCUACCUGCUGUCCUCCCACCCUGAACUGGAGCCCAUCAUAUGGACCCUGUUCCAGCACACUCUGCAGCACGAGCACGAGCUGAUGAGAGACCGCCACCUCGACCAGCUGAUGAUGUCAGCCAUGUAUGCCAUAUGUAAAGUGAAGAGUGUUGAUCUGCGCUUCAAGACGAUUGUCACAGCAUACAAGAACAUGCCCAACACCAACCAGGAGACCUUUAAGCAUGUGUUGAUCACUGAGGGCCACUAUGACUCCAUCAUUGUCUUCUACAACCAAGUGUUCAUGCAGAAGCUGAAAACCAACAUCCUGCAGUAUGCGUCUACUAGGCCACCCACCCUCUCUCCAAUCCCACAAAUACCACGCAGCCCCUACAAGUUCCCCAAUUCACCUCUACGAGUGCCUGGGAGCAACAACGUGUAUAUCUCCCCUCUGAAAAGCCCACGCAUGUCCCCGGGUAUCAUGACCCCUCGCUCCAGAAUGCUGGUAUCAAUCGGGGAAUCUUUCGGGCUAUCCAAUCGGUUCCAGAAGAUCAACCAGAUGGUCAACAGCAGCGAUCGGUCCUUUAAGAGGACUCUGGAUCUUGGCUCCACUCCAAAGCCUCUGAAGAGGUUACGGUUCGAUGUGGACGGGCAAGAUGAAGCCGAUGGCAGCAAAUCUGGAGGAGAUUCUACACUGAUACAAAAGCUUGCAGAGAUGAGUUCCACUCGGAGUCGCAUGCAGGAGCAGAAGAUGAAAGAAGACGCAGAAUCAAGGAAGGAGUAACUCUAAAACCUACUGAACUGACCUGCACUGUUUAUCACAACGUGAACACUUUUUGUUCACACACAAAGUGAAACAUAAGUUUCUCUGUACAUGUAGUAUUGGAUUUUAGUUUGUAUUUAACUUUGUCUUUGAGGAGCAUUAUGUGAAUAUAGAGGACUUUCUCCUCUUUUUUUUUUUUUUUUUUUUUUGAUGCUUUGAGUGUUUUAACUGAAUAAUGAUUGACACUGUUGACUUUCAUUUGAAUUUUGACUUGUUUGAGAUUAAGUAUGUUUGGUUUUUAGAGUGAUAUUAAUUCUUGGGUGUUAUUAGAAAUCUUUGUUUUGACUCUCUCGGAUGUUCUCAAUUGUGUAUAGCGUUGUUGAGAUAAAUUGAUGGCUUUCUUGUUA